CUAGAAAAUAAUGGCGUACUCAUUGCCGCUCACCUAUCCAAGUCUCAAAUGUGUCAUCAAGCAUAUGGAGGUUAAUUCGAGAAUCCAACUUUCCCAAAGAUGCCCAUCAAUCCGAAAAGCUGAAAAAUCAAUCCCAUUGAAAAUCGGUCACUUGGAACUGGAUCAGUGUCGUGUGAAGAUCAACAACACAGACUAUUCUCUAGCAGUGGUCUGCAAUUACUUCUCAAGCCCGUACGAUCUCGAUGAAGUUGGAUCUAUGGAUCUUGGUGAGGUGAUAGAUGAGCAACGAGAUGUUGUAGUGGAUAACCGAAGUCUGGAAGAAGGAGAGAAGCGGAUACUCAGAAUGGAAUACGAGCUAAGAAUGCUGACAGAUGACUGGGAAAAGAAAAACGCUCUGAUCGGGGAGGCACUUAAGAAGGAACUUAAAAUGACGACGGAAAAAUCGGAGCUAGUGAACCGUAAAUGUUACGUCGGAAUUAUCAAGAGUCUAUUUCUGUCUCGCAGAGUGGGUGUUCCUGCGCCAAUUUGGGAUAUUGAUUUUGUGAACAAAAAUAAACUGAUCACCUUCCGCGAUGAAAAGCUCUCCUACAACAUGAAGCUUCACCAGGCUUUCAAAUACCUGAUUUUCAAGUUGUUCAGUGGAAGACGGGAUGCUAUCCAAGUGAAAAAGCUUUCAAUCGAGAAUAAAGGGAUCCUUAGAGUUCCAGCAAGCCUCAACUUGAAGGUGACCCAUUUGGAAAUCCUGGGCUCCGGUGUGGAUAAAAUCGCAAUUUCCUUUCAACCACUGCUAGAAGGAUCCAGCCUGCAAUCCAUCAAACUGAACAAUGACUUCAACAUCGAAAAUCCUAUACUCCAAACCUCCCCACUCCUGAUCUUCAAGAACCCAAAUGAAAACCUGUUCCGAGCCAGAUCAGCAUUCACCAAUGUUCGAGUAGAGCUGGAAAAGUCGACCAUCUUCCCACGAGAAGCUUUGGACCUUAUUGCGAAUUGGUUGAGACAUGGGAAGGAAGUCGGGACGAUUUGGAAUUUUUCACUGACCGAGGUUACAGCGCUAGUGUGUUUCAAGGAUAUCCGGAAGCUGCCUGGCGCAAAGUAUGCAGGACAUAAAACAAGCUCUCAACUCGGACGUAGUGUUCUCAUCCCUAUCAACGCAUUUUCGGAAAUUCACAUCUUUGACGAGAAGGAAGAAGCACAAGACGGAAACGACUGGAGUUUGAAGAUCACAGUUCGGAGGAAAUUGUGAAUUUCGUCGUAUUGUAAAAUUAUUGUAAAUUGUCGUAAAUUUUUUAUAGUUUUGAUAUUAAACGUUUUAUUUUUU